UACAAGGCCAACACUGGCACUAGCUGAUCACUAGCACUUCUCCAUCCAUCACCAGGGAGAUCGAUCUUGCAGCUAGCUGUUGCACUUGCAUUGCGGUUCCUCUUUUUAGAGUUGACAUAUCUGGAUUAGGCAUUGCGUGCGGUAGGAGAUGGCGGGAGGACGCGUGAACUUGGCCGUGGCGCUCUUGUUGGCGCUGCAUGGGCUGCUGCCGCCGUCCGCCCACGCCGCCCUGCAGGACGGGUUCUACGGUGCCAGCACCAACUGCACCGUCGACGUCGAGGCCGUCGUGCGGGGCGUCGUCGAGCGGCACGUCUCCCGGCUCGGCGACGGCGGCUCCGGCGCCGGGCUCAUUCGCCUCCACUUCCACGAUUGCUUUGUCAAGGGCUGCGAUGGUUCCGUCCUCAUUGAUCCGAGCCCCGUCAACCCGGACCCCGAGAAGGCCUCGCCGGCGAACGGCGGCCUCCGCGGGAUCGACGUGGUGGAGGAGGCGAAGAGGCAGCUCGAGGCCUUGUGCCCCGGCACCGUGUCGUGCGCCGACAUCCUCGCCUUCGCCGCCCGGGACGCGGCCAACGUCCUCAGCUCCGGGGCGAUCAGCUACGACGUCCCCUCGGGCCGCCGCGACGGGCUCACCUCUGACGCGGCCGACGCCAGCCAGAGCCUGCCGCCGCCGUUCGCGCAGCUCGGCGACCUCGUCCGCGCCUUCGCCUCCAAGGGCUUCGGCAUUGACGAGCUCGUCGCUCUCUCCGGCGCGCACUCCAUCGGCCGCGCGCACUGCUCGUCGUUCGGGGACCGGAUCCACCCCGCCGUGCACGAGACCAUGGACCCGAGCUACGGCGCCGACAUGCGGUCGCGGUGCCCCGAGGACGCCGGGGCGGGGGAAUGGGUCGCGCAGGACCAGGCGACGCCGGGGGACCUCGACGGCCGGUACUUCGAGAACGUGCUCGCCGGGAGGGUGCCCUUCAGCUCGGACCGGGCGCUGAUCGACGACGGCGAGACGAGGCGGAUGGUGGAGGACAACUCGGGGGACCAAGGGGAGUGGGCGGCCAGGUUCGCUGCCGCCAUGCGGAAGAUGAGCGAGCUCGCCGGCACCGGCGAGGGCGAGAUCAGGGAGUUCUGCCACGUGACAAACAGAGGCUAGCGACGGGGGCAUCGUCCAUCACGGUCAAUCAUCAGUCGUAAAAAGAAAAACUUGGUUUUAUUUAUUUAUAGCUUUGUUUUCGUAUUUUUUGUUGAUACAUGUGAUUGUGGAAAAUCAUUUCUGGGUGAAAA